CACACACCGGUUACCCUUGUGACCGGAGCUCCCAAGCGCUUGCGUAUUCAUCAGCGCGAGUGAGAGAUCGAUCCUUGUGUGCUGCUGUGUGAUUGAGUUGAGUUCAAUGUUGGCGAUGUGCGGAGAGAGGAAACCACCGCACGCACCUCAAAGAAUGACAAGCUCGGUUCAUCGGACGUCUUCGAUUAACUUUGGAUGUUUAGCUGAUGUCGACUUUUUACCAUUUUCUUCAAUGGAAUCAACAAGAGACUAGUAAAAUCGCAGCCUUCACAGGAACAGCAAAACAACGUGUUGGAAUUUAGUCUAAGAAGCAGCGGCUUCAGAUUCUAAAUAACGAACGUGAUAAGACAUUAAGAUAUAAGUCAGCAGCCUGCUGCAGAUAUUCACCUAACUAUUGUGUUAUUAAUGAUCCCAAAUAUCAGCCAGAGCUAAGAGUACGUUUUCCUACAGCCUAAUGUUGCCCAUUUAGCUUAUAGCCUAGCCUACUUGGCAGACGCUCCUGGCAUACAUAAGAUAGCUCUUAUAUAAAACGGUUUCUGCGGUUUUUUUAAAGUAGGCAAUUCAAGAAGACAACAGUUCAACCUGAAUUGAAGGAGUUAGGAGAUCAAUGAUUUGCACUCUAGUGCGAGUGGUGCGCAACGAAAUGUCCCUCUCGUGAGGCGCAAUGUCUUUACAGCUUCACAUCUUCCAUUGACAGGACAGUUGCUGGGAGAGUCACCGGGAGACCUUCUACCAAGAAACUCGAUAGGCUGUCCAGAGACAAUCUGUGGAAGAGAUACACAAAAUGGCGAGACAUAACCAUCGAUAUUGAGCCCCCCUGUGGUUGAUGGUGAUACCUGAGCCCAACCCAGCAAUGCAGAAGACUAGAACUCGGUGGUGGCAGGGACGACUGGGACUUCCUCUGCUGUUUCUGGUUUUCCCGCUCCUCAGGACCGAACCACUCCAACUCGAGCUGUCGUUCAAUGGACUUUCGGAGCCCCAGAAUGUGACACUGGCUGCUAUCCUGCCUUUGCACAACACUGAAUACCCGUGGGCCUGGCCUCGCGUGGGACCCGCUCUGAUCAGAGCUCUGGAGCGAGUCAAUGACGAACCCACCCUGCUUCCGGGACACCGCCUCCGCAUCGUCUACGACAGCAGCGAAAGCAAAGAUGGAGUCUGCUCCGACUCAGUGGCGCCGUUGGUGGCCGUGGACCUCAAGUUCUCCUACGACCCGUGGGCCUUCAUCGGGCCUGGCUGCGACUACGCUUCGUCUCCUGUGGGCCGCUUCACCACUCACUGGGAUGUUCCCAUGGUGACGGCCGGGGCAGCGGCCAUCGGCUUCAACAUGUACACGUCCAUCACCAACACGGGCCCCACACACAAGAAGCUGGGCGAGUUUGGGGUGCGCCUGCAUCGCCAUUUUGGCUGGCACAGGCACGCCAUGCUCAUGUUCAGCGACAACAAAGACGACGACCGGCCAUACUACUUUACGGCAGAGGGGCUGUACACGCAGCUGCAGCUGGACAACAUCACCACAGCAGACAAGGUCUUCAAUGAGCAGACUGGACCCGUCCAGUAUGAUGACCUCAUCAGUGACAUAAGCCAGAGUGCCCGAGUGGUGUACAUGUGCUGCUCAUGGGACACUUUCCGGAGGCUGAUGGUACAGUUCUGGAGGGAAGGCCUGCCCCCGGAGGACUAUGCCUUCUUCUUCAUUGACCUGUUCGGACACAGCCUGAGGAAGCAGCCCGCUAGGCCCUGGUACAGAGGAGACUCAGACGACCACGCCGCCAAGAAGGCCUUCAGGAGUGUGAAGAUCCUGACCUACAAAGAGCCACAGAACCCAGAGUACAAGGAGUUUGUUUCCAACCUGAAGACGGACGCCAUGAACAUGUUCAACUUCACCGUAGAAGACUCGCUGAUGAACCUGAUAGCAGGAGGCUUCUAUGACGGCGUGAUGCUUUACUCUCAGGCCCUGAAUGAGACCAUGACAGAGGCAGGGGGCCGGCCGCGAGGGGACACCGUCACCAAGAGGAUGUGGAAUCGCACGUACCAUGGUGUUACUGGCUUGGUUCAGAUUGAUGGGGCAGGCGAUCGGGAGAUUGACUUUGCCUUGUGGGACAUGACUGAUCUUGACUCUGGGGUCUUUCAGAUCGUGUCCGUCUACAACAGCACCCUGAAGGAGCUGGUUCCAGUGCCGGGCAUGAAGGUCCAGUGGCCGGGGGGCGCCCCCCCCCAAGACAUCCCCGACUGUGGCUUCAAGAACGACAAGCCCGCUUGCUUAGCACGGACGGUCACUAUGCACCAGAUGGUGGCCAUCGUGGCUUGCUUCAUCUUCGUCAUCAUCGUCACUGUCACCGUCUUCAUCUACAGGAAGCUGAAAUUGGAGAAUGAGUUGGCUGCUCAGCUCUGGCGAGUGCAAUGGGAUGACGUGCAGAUGAGUGACCUGGAGAAAGUGCUGCGCAGGGCCUGCAGCAGACUCACCCUGUCUCUGAGAGGCUCCAACUAUGGCUCCUUCCUGACCAUGGAAGGAAACUUCCAGAUCUACGCCAAAACUGGCUACUACAAGGGAAACAUUUCGGCCAUUAAGUACGUCACUAACAAGAAGCGCAUCGAGCUCACCAGGAGGGUGCUCUUUGAGCUCAAACAUAUGCGUGAUGUUCAAAACGAGCACUUGACUCGCUUUAUCGGAGCCUGUAUCGAUCCUCCUAACAUCUGUAUCAUCACAGAGUACUGUCCCCGGGGCAGCCUGCAGGAUCUUAUGGAGAGCGAGACCAUCACCUUGGACUGGAUGUUCAGAUACUCUCUGAUCAACGACAUUGUUAAGGGAAUGGCCUUCCUUCACAACAGCGUCAUCGUCUCCCAUGGUAACCUGAAGUCCUCUAACUGCGUGGUGGACAGUCGCUUUGUCCUGAAGAUCACUGACUAUGGGCUGGCUAGCUUCCGCGAAAAGUCCAAUAUGGAGGACACACACGCCUACUAUGCCCGAAAAUUGUGGGCAGCUCCAGAGCUGCUGAGGGCAGAUAGUCCCCCGGCAUGUGGCACACAGAAAGGUGACAUCUACAGCUUCGGCAUCAUUCUGCAAGAGCUGGCCCUGCUCCGAGGGGUCUUCCACGUCGAGGGGGACACCCUCAGCCCCAAAGAAAUCGUAGAGCGCGUGGCGCUGGGCCAGUGGCCCUACCUGCGGCCCUCCCUCUGCCCCCAGAGUCACAGUGAAGAGGUGGGCCAGCUCAUGCAGCGCUGCUGGAGCGAGGACGUGAACGAGAGGCCCGAGUUCCACCACAUCAAGCUGCUGCUGCGCAAACACAACAGAGGUUAUGGGUCUAAUAUCCUGGACAACCUGCUGUCUCGUAUGGAGCAGUACGCCAAUAACCUGGAAGAACUGGUGGAGGAAAGGACACAGGCUUACCAUGAAGAGAAACGCAAGGCCGAGGCACUGCUCUACCAGAUACUUCCACACUCUGUAGCGGAGCAGCUGAAGAGAGGGGAGACGGUGCAGGCUGAGGCCUUUGACUCGGUCACCAUCUACUUCAGUGACAUCGUGGGCUUCACCGCCAUCUCAGCAGAGAGCACGCCCAUGCAGGUGGUGACCCUAUUGAAUGACCUCUACACGUGUUUCGAUGCCAUCAUCGACAACUUCGAUGUUUAUAAGGUGGAGACGAUAGGCGAUGCAUACAUGGUGGUGUCUGGGCUGCCCGUGAGGAACGGCAAUCUGCACGGCCGAGAGAUCGCCCGCAUGUCACUAGCCCUGCUGGAGGCCGUACACUCCUUCAGGAUCCGCCACCGACCUGCCCAGCAGCUCUUUCUGCGCAGUGGCAUCCACAGUGGCCCAGUGUGUGCUGGUGUUGUAGGACUGAAGAUGCCUCGGUUCUGUCUGUUUGGAGACACAGUCAACACAGCCUCUCGCAUGGAGUCCAAUGGGGAGGCCCUGAAGAUCCACGUGUCGGAGGCCACGCGCACGGUGCUGGACGACUUCAACUGUUUCCAGCUGGAGCUGAGAGGAGAUGUGGAGAUGAAGGGCAAAGGGAGGAUGAAGACCUACUGGCUACUGGGGGAGAGCACCAGCAACAUGGCUUACUAGAGAGAGAGAGAGAGCGAUGGGGAGAGCGGGAGAAAGAGAGACGGGGAGAGCGAGAGAAAGAGAGAGAGACACACACGGGAGAGAGAGAGAUGCAUACUGUUUAGACCGUAUUAGAGAGACGUGGUAGAAAAGAGAUGUAAGGGAAGGGAGGGCUGAGGUAAAAGGAACAGACAUGCAUACAGAUGCACAUGGGAAUGGAGUGAAAUGGAAAUAAGCAACAACAAAAAAACUGUACCACUGACAACUCCCUCCUUAAUGAUAGUCUCAUCGACAGAGUCUCACUGCUCUUCAUGGGGAUACCUUGGUUCCUAUAGGUGGACAAGCCCUGUCUAGAUUGACUUACCAUGGUGGAUCAUCCAUGGACAGCUGUAGACUUGUAGACUUUCCAACCAAAGGAACGAUAUCACUGCUACACCGCCAUGUGCCGAAUGGUGAGGCACCACCUCUGAUUGACACAGACGAUGGGCAUUUGCGAACGACGCCACCCUGUGUUCCAGAGUUGUAACUGUCGAUAUUUGUGAACAAACAUUUUGGACAUUCUUGUUUGGACCUGUUGUUUGUGGUGACGAGAGUUGUCCAAUGUGUUAUUUUGUGGUUAUUUGACUUUGUGACUGACUUUCUAACAUUUGUGUAGAGGCCUUAGUGUUAUGUGAAGCAUUCCCUGGUGUUUUUCUAUUUAUUUCACAAGUGGUUUUUGUUCUAUAUUACUAUAUCAGUUUGUUCUAUAUUACUAUAUCAGUUUGUUCUAUAUCAGUCGAACAUGAAUCAACUGAAGUCCAGAGGGGUACACUACGAAUGUAGCUAGAUGUAUUCAGUAUUUUCUUAUAUUAGCUAGCUUCAGUCAGCUUCACGUUCCAGCUCAGGCUUCACGCAUGUUAUGAAGGCAGAUCAGGCAGAUGUUGAUCGUUCACCCGCCGCUUACUUGAGCCUGCUCGAGCCGGGCUUGUAACUGCACGUACAUGUCACACAUCGCUAUUCGAAAGCCAAACUGAGACGAUACUGAAACAUUAGUCCAUGGGCGUGUCAGUGACACAUUUUCAUUUUUGCCAAAAUCUAAAUGAAAGGAAAAACUAACCUGCAAAUUCAGCAGGCUUAUGAUGUGAAAUGGGCUAUUACAAGUGCCGUCUGUCUUGCUCAUAUCGUUUAUUUGGUGUGCUUAGCAAUGCACGAUGACUCCCCACUCAUAUCGAUAAAAUCAUUGUAUGAAUUCCUACGACAGUUUUACUGCCCGUGAAGUUUCAAAUGCAUCCCGUCGUUACUAAAUGUGUUGUGUGUAAUGUAUUUGAAUGUUACUAUUUAUAACACACAGGAUUGACUCAACCACUUCAUUCGGGAUAAAUUGAGUAAACACUGAGUUAGCCAUCCCGGGAGCAUAUUAGUUCUGAAUGAUUCGUUGCCACAGAAAUGUACCUGGCUAAAAGGUGAGCCACAUUUGUGUCACCGUUUGAACUCAGAGUUGACCAAAGUUUCCUCGCUAACUCCUCAAACCAGAUUCGUAGAAUAGGGCUCAGUAAUCCAUAAUAAUACGAGUCAACAAAGUAUGUCCCACAACCUAGUAGGCUAUGUGCUUUAGGGGGAAGUCGUGGAGGCAAUCACCACCAUGCAAGUAUAGGCGAUCUAAUUGACAUUGUUGAAAUGUCUCAAAUUGACACCUAUGGCUGUUAAGGACAUUAGGCUUGUAAAUAAGUCCGUGUGAUUUCAACAGGACUGUUCAAAAAGAGAAUUUACAGCUAAAACGAAUCUUUUUGGUCAUUAAAAAAAACUAUUUUGCUUUAAUCUUCUCAAGAUAAACUGCGAUGACAAUGAAGAAUUGAGAAUUAGAGUUGGCCACGAAUGUCAACUUUUGGGUGAAUUACGUAUUAUUAUCUAGUCACAGGUCUAUCUGCAUGGUUAUAACCAGCUAGUCCUCUCACACGAAGUUCUUAUAUUACAGACUCAUUUUGAAGUUCAGAUUUUCUAAUUGUCCUUUUUCCUUCUUUCUUUUUUACAAGAUGAUGUUAUACUCAAGGGUACAAAAGAAUGAGUGAGUCUAGCUCUUCACUUCUGUUACUGACAAGAAAGGUCAGAUUUAUUUCAGAUUUGGAGUCCUUCUAAAUGGCAUACAUAGCAUAGUGAAAAAUGAUAUAUUGGAUAUAUGCCCAUAAACUCUCAAAGUUGACUCUCGGAGGAUACUGGUUUGGCUUGUGAUUUGCAAACAUGUUACAACAAACGACUCUUUUGCCUUUUGUUCGUUGGUGUUUUUGGGUGGCUCUGCUCGUUGUCUAUCUGAAAGGAACAGCUGCACCACCUCGCUACUUGGCUCAGAAGUGGAGCAUCACUGAUAGGCAGCAGGCACCCAUAUACCAACCAGCGCUAUGGACCAUGUUUAUGUGCUCUCACUUGAAUGGCCCUAAACCUUAAACUUAUCAUCAGUGAGAAUAUCCCCUUUCCAACUUAAGUCUAAAUGAUUUGAUCAUUUCCUUUUCCAUGAGUGAAUGUAUCACCUAAGUCAAAGCCAAUACUAGUGAAAUAAUCAGGAUUGGUAAUGUGGAGUUGUAAAUGAUAACAGCUCUGUGUGAUGUCAGGGAGACACGUCAUUGAUCAGUAUUAACUCACCCAAUGUCAGGCUUGAUCUGACAGUUAACCCAGCGGGCAAAACUGGUUUCAGUAUAAUCUAUUUUAUGGCGUCGUAGUCAGGUUGUAUACUGGUGGUGUGAAAGUUUAUGCAGAAGUUAAUUAUUUUUAGCAAACAGAAAAUCAAGUCUUUGUCUAGUUGUAAUCUGACCAGAUAACAACCAAAAUAUGACGUCUUUCCCAUUAUGUCUUCUUGUCGUGAAAAAUAUGUCUUUACCUGGUUGUAACAAGCAAUUGGUUGAGACCAGCAACUGGUUAAGACCAGCAACUGGUUGAGACCAGCAACUGGUUGAGACCAGCAACUGGUUGAGACCAGCAACUGGUUGAGACCAGCAACUGGUUGAGACCAGCAACUGGUUGAGACCAGUUGUUACAAGCAACUGGUUGUAAUGUGGUUGUAUGAUUUCUUGUCAACCAGAAAACCAGUUUACAACCAGAAAAUGACAUCAUUAAGAUGAUUCCAAGGCAGGUCCAUCUGCAUACGGUAUGUGUCCACUAUGAAUGUGGUCACAUGGCUUCUUUAAAUGCGUUUCUGAUGCAGUAAAAUGUAUUGUAAUUGUGUUGUUUUGGGUGCCUUGUCUGUAUUUUCGAGGAGUGGGUUGGUCUUUGAAUUACUGUAUGUUACAAUGUACUGUUGUGUUUUAAAAUAUGACAUUGGCGUUGUUUUGGGGGGAGAAAGAAAUGUUCAGUUACAUUGCCUGUCUUGUUUCGGGUCAGUUGAAUGUCUUUAUAAAAUCAGUUGAUAACCCACAUUUUCUUCUGAGUCAAUAGCAAUGUGUUAUUGUGCUUGAUGUCAUUUUGGCCGAAACGUGAUGUACUUUCCAUGUUUAGUUAUUUAUUAGACCUUACAAUCUAAGUGGGACUGUCCAUGCAUACAAUUGCAUUUUGUAUCACAGUAUGGCACAACAACCCACAUACUCGUAGUCUAAUCUACAGGUUACAUAUUUCUAACUAUAUAUAAACUUGAAAUAAUAGGGAUAUAAGUACAAGGUCAAACAGUAAGUACAAACAACACAGUAAAAAAAACAGCUUCAAAGACUUAACACUUUGACUACUUUUAUUUGUACUGUGUAGCACUUUGAAAAAAGUUAUUUGUAACAGAGUGCUUAAAAAAGAUGCUGAAGAGGCAGAUUCCUCACACAGCGUUAAGGAAGAAAUCUGCAGUGGUGGAAAAAGUACCCAAUUGUCAUACUUGAGUAAAAGUAAAGAUACCUUAAUAGAAAAGGACUCAAGUAAAAGUGAGUCACCCACUAAAAUACUACUUGAGUAGAAGUAUUUGGUUUUAAAUAUACUUAAGUAUUGAAGUAAAAGUAUACAUCAUUUAAAAUUGCUUGUGUUAAGCAAACUUGACGACACAAUUUUAUUUUUUACGGAGAGCCAGCACUCAGACAUAAUUUACAAACAAAGUAUUUGUGUUUCGUGAGUCUGUCAGAUCAGAGGCAGUAAGGGAGGUUCUCUUGAUAAGUGAGUGAAUUGGACCAUUUUCCUGUGCUGCUUAGCAUUCAAAAUGUAACAAGUACUUUUGGGUGUCUAGGAAAACGGAUGGAGUAAAAAGUGGAUUAUUUUCUUUAGGAAAAAGUCAAAGUUGUCAAAAAUAUAAAUAGUAAAGUACAGAUACACCCAAAAACGACUUAAGUAGUACUUUAAAGUAUUUUUACUAUAGUACUUUACACCACUGGAAAGGAAGAAGAACCAAAUGAGGGGUCUAUCUUUCUCUGGCAAGUCAGCUGAAAGUUCAGAUUUUAUAUGAUCCUGAAGGUUAGUAAUUUGUUAAUGUCAAGAGAUCAGUAUUAAACCUCCUGAAUCAUUGCAUGUUAGAAUCACCUCUGGCAGUGAUUAGAGCUGUGAGUCUUUAUGGGUACGUCUCUAAGAGCUUUGCACACCUGGAUUGUACAAUAGUUGCCCAAUUAUUAUUUUCAAAAUUAUUCCAGCUCUGUGGAGUUGGUUGUUGAUCAUUGCAAGACAGCCAUUUUCAAGUCUUGCCAAAUCAAAACUGUAACUAAGCCAAUCAUGAACAUUCAAUGUCGUCUUGGUAAGCAACUCCAGUGUAUAUUUGGCUUGUGUUUUAGGUAAUUGUCCUGCUGAAAGGUGAAUUUGUCUCCCAGUGUCUGGUGUAAUGCAGACUGAACCAACUUUCCCUUCAAGAUUUUGCCCAUGCUUAGCUCCAUUCCAUUUAUUUUUAUCCUUAAAAAACUCCCUAGUCCUUGCUGAUGACAAGCAUACACAUAAUAUGAUGCAGCCACCACCAUGCUUGAAAAUAUGAAGAGUGGUACUCAGUGAUAUGUUGUGUUGGAUUUGCCCCAAACAUUACACUUUUUUAUUCAGGACAAAAAGUACAUUUCGUUACUACAUUUUUGGGGGAGAAAUCGUAAAAAAUAAAUGCCACUUUUUUAUUGAC